GAAAUUGUGCAAAAGUUAUCUGAAUAAUCCGAUAUGAUGUAGACUACAAAUGUAGAAUUAAUUUCCAUUAUUCAGAUCGUUGAUCGGUUGAAAAAUGCUUCGUAUUGUUUGAUUUGUAUCGUUGACGGAAUUUUUGAACGAGAUUCGUCGAAUUCAUCAUUACAUUCCAUUCAGAUAGCGAUAAACGCGUGUGUCGAGUAGAAAUUGCGAUCAGCUUUUCCUUUCUUUUUAAUGAUUCUUCAUUAAUGUAUAUGCAUAUAUUAAUGUAAUGUUUAUUUCACACGGUCGUUGAACGAACUUUCAUAUAUUUUUAAUGUAAAUUUCCAUUCGAAUGUUAAAAGAGAGAGAAAGAAGAUACAGGGUCGCGAAUAGGGUACGACGAAAGGGUGAAACUCGCGUGUGUACGAUAUGUGUAACAUGUGUACGAUGUAUUAAUGUAGCAAAUAAUUUUCUUGAAUUAAUGAAUCGUCUUCGAUCUAUGUCAAUCCACAACUUUCUUCGUCAGACAUUCACCGUGAGUUCAUCACCAGUUAAAAUUCGUGUCGAGCAUAGCUGAAGGGAAUCGUUCGGACGAAUUCGUCUGUUCGUUCGUUCAGAUGUGCAUAUCACAUAAAAAAUGAUACAAGUAGGAUAGUUGUCGUGACAGUCCGACGUAACGAUUAAUCAUAUGAAAAUAUCAAAAUAUCAUCAAUCAUAUGAAUAUGAGAAUUCGGUAAAUCCGUAAUAACGCAGACUAGUUUGUCUUUUUACAGCGACGGAUCCUCGUGGUUUUUAAAAUUCUUCGUAUCGAACAGUGCAUUUAACGGAAGAUUCUGCUAUUUUAUAAAGGUUGCUCUCGCAGCAUCCGUACCGCUAGUACUUAUGUAAUACAUCGAACACAACGUUCGAAUAAUGUUGACAAUCUGCAUAAUCGGGUGUAACAUUUUCUGUAUUUGAACGGGAGGAAUUUCUGAAAUUUAAAGAUCGCCAUGACCUUUGCAAAUUCGAAAUUUUAGUGAUUCACAAAAGGAAGAUUUCCGCCGCUCAACCUGUAAGAUGGAGUUGGCUGAUUGAAGAUAAGCUAGGAGUGGGGUUAGGUUAAACGUAAAAUGUAGAAAUGGUAGCGGGGGGGUUGUGUCUAAGAUUCGAAGUACAAGGAAAAGGACUUUGCCGUCGUUAUGCAAAUAUCGAAUCUAUGCAGGCGCGUUCUACCGUACUAUUAUACAUUUUGCAUGAUUGGCAUGUAGUUGAUGCGGUAUACCGUACUUUAUUUCCUCCUUUGUUUGCUUCGUUUUCUUCAGUUGUUGCUCUACUGUUAACUUGGAAACGUCACGCAGCAAACGCAGCGAACACGAACAACGCGAUGGUGGAAGUUCUGGUGGAACCAUGUGGCCAAGAAGCGAUAAUAUUGGAUAAUGGUUGCAAAUUGAACGAUAAUCCGACGGAACAUUUGGUUCGAAGUGAUCGUUGCGAUUUGAUUUUGGAACAGUCGAAUCUCAGCCCGAUUCAACAGUUCUACAAUGGGCAAAGCAUCUUCAUCACUGGCGGUACUGGAUUCGUUGGCAAACUUUUAAUAGAGAAGCUUCUCCGAGAAUGUCCUGGGAUCUCGUUCAUCUAUUUGUUGGUACGUCCGAAGAAAGGGAAAGAUAUGCAUCAACGUAUCGAGGAAAUCUUUGACGAUCCGCUCUUUGGCAAAGUAAAAGAGAAGCAACCAAAAUUUCGGCAUCAAAUCGUUGCUAUAGCCGGAGAUUGCGGUCAGCCAGGUCUUGGGAUUUCUCCCGCGGACAGGCAAACGAUUACGCGAGAAGUCUCAAUCGUCUUUCAUGUUGCGGCAACGGUCAGAUUUGACGAGAAGAUGAAACUUGCCGUACCCAUUAAUGUUCGUAGUCCAAAAGAUGUAAUGGAUCUUUGUAAGGAAAUUUCAUAUUUAAAGGCGUUCAUCCACGUAUCAACAGCAUAUGCCAAUUGUACGCGAACUCAUAUCGAAGAAAAGGUGUACGAAGCACCGAUUGACGGAGACAAGUUGGCAACUAUCGUUGAAUAUAUGGAUGAGAAAUUGAUCGAGGAAAUAACUCCACGAUUAUUAGGUGCAUGGCCGAACACGUACACAUACACAAAAGCAGUAGCGGAAGGUAUCAUUGUGAAACAGGCCGGUGAUCUGCCUGUUGGAAUAUUUCGUCCCGGUAUUGUGAUAUCAACAUACCAAGAACCGGUGCGAGGAUGGAUCGACAACUUGUACGGACCAACAGGUGUCGCAGCUGGGGCUGGUACCGGGGUCUUACGAUCGAUUCAUUGCGAUGGAUCCAUAGAAGCCAAUGUUGUUCCUGGAGAUUUAACAGUAAAUGCCUUGAUAGCUUGCGCGUGGGAUGUCGCAAAUCGUCGAAAAUCUGCAACUACCAAAGAAAGGGAAAAUGACAUACCCGUUUACAAUUAUGUUUCAAAAGAUAAUCCUAUAACAUACGAUCAAUUGAAACUUUUAUCCGAAAAAUACGGGCUUGAGUUUCCCACUAGCAGAGCCAUAUGGUACUAUAGUUUCCGAAAUAACAAACAUAGGAUAAUUCAUCUUAUGUAUGUUUACUUGUUACACUUAUUACCGGCACUCUUGAUCGACACCGUCACGCUCUGUUUGGGAAAACAACCGAGGAUGUUAAAAAUCUAUAAAAAGAUACACAAAUUUAUGGAUGUACUUAACUACUUUUCUAUCCACGAAUGGAAGUUUUCGAAUGAUAAUAUUAAGGAGUUACUAAAUAAGAUGACAGAGGAAGACCGUGAAAAUUUUGCAUGCGAUAUCACCGAUAUUGACUGGGACCAAUAUUUUCGGACAUAUAUACGUGGAAUUCGUAUGUAUCUGAUAAAAGAUCCGCUAGACACUCUUCCAAAAGCACGUAUCAAGUGGCAAAGAUUAUACUGGACCCAUCAAGUGGUGAAACUAAUUCUCGGUUAUGCUCUAUUGCGAAUAUGUUGGUUAACUUUAUCUCUUCUUUUUCGAAAUUGUAUACCUCAAUUUGCGUAACAAAUAUGCUUUACGUGUGUGAUGAGAGGAAAUAAACGCGCGGUAAUGCACGCGGUAAUGCGCGUCAGAUACACAUAAAUAUGACUUCGUUCGAAGUUCGAAGUUGGCUCAGAAUUAAGUGUCGCUCUUGAAUCAAGUUCAUUGAAAUGAUCUUGGUCUCGUGUUUGUGAUCGAAAGUGAGGUUACCUUGUUGAUUUUCUGAACAGCUCGGAAGAACAGAGAAGGAAGCAGAGAAGAAGGAAGAACACAGUGGAAAACUGACCAAAGUACUAUAUAGUUCUAUCGCCGCGUAUUCGCGUUUAUUCAAUUCGAGAUGAUCAUAAAACCACCACUUAGUAACUCCAACUUGAUAUGUAUGAACCGCGUUCGAGAAGUUUGUAAGGAAAUGAUGAAAUACAAUAUAAUGCCUUCCA